ACCGGUGCUCUGACAGAAGAUGAUAUCAUUUCAGCUGACAAGCAAAAUGGCUCUUCUAGUCCAUGCAAGUCAGUUGCUUCUUCUUACAUUGUUAAGCUGGAAUGUCUACUGCUUUCCUGCUGAGAAAGGUGGAAGUCUGUAUGACCCUAAUGUAGGGAGUUCCAACAGCCCUCCUUUCCUCCAUUAUAGCUCACUGAACAACGCUCCUGCUCAGCCUUCCAAUGUGAAUCACCCUGCUGGCUCCUUCAAGUAUGAGCCACAGCCGGUGAUGGAAAUUGGACCGCAAACAUAUCCAGCAAGCUCUACUCGUGAUGUACACAAGGUGGCUUCAUGGGAUGCAGCGCAUGUUGAGUAUGCGCCUACCCACACCAUGUCUCAACCCCUGUCUUACUUAACAGGCUUUGAGCAUGGUAACUCUGAGGAGCAGAGCUAUCCUCCCCCUCCACCUCAGUCUUCCUAUCAGGCAGGUGAGCUUGACAACUACGAAGCAAACUUCCAGCAUGGUAGCUUGGAACAAGAAACUGAGGCGCUGAGCUAUCCUCCCCCACCGCCUCCUUUUCCAGAAACAUUCUACCAGGGUGGUGAGUUGAGUCAUUAUGAAGCUGUGAUUGAGCACGGAAACAGAGAGAGGGAAACUGAAGGUCAACGAUACAUGCAGGCACCCCCCUCCGCUUCGGCUCACGCUGUAGCUGAGCAAUUUUCAGCUCCUUCCACGUCUAAAGAAGCCCCCCAACAGCAGGGUUCACAAGCUCUGGGAGCAUUCAGGCAAGACCAGUUCUACCUAUUCCUGACUGGUCAGCUUCCUCCUGGCACAGUCUCUCACUCCCAGUCCAGCUAUGAAGCAGGCCAAGACCACUGGGAUGAAGUCCACUACGAGAAGUACCACUUUCCCUCGGCGCCAUAUCAAACCGAGACCCAACAGGUUCCCAAUGAUCAGGUCUUUCAGAAGGCCCUGGACCCCGGCAAGACCUCUUAAUCAAGAAGUUUGAGAACCAACUUGAUGUAAAGGCAGUGCCUGUAGUUUGAUAUCUGUAUUAAAGUUGCUGCUUCUGAAAUUUUAAUAAAAAAAACUUUAAAUAGGA